UCAGUGCGCAUGUUCACUGGGCGUCUUCUGCCCGGCCCCUUCGCCCGCGUGAAGAACGCCAGGGAGCUGUGAGGCAGUGCUGUCUGGUUCCUGCCGUCCGGACUCUUUUUCCUCUACUGAGAUUCAUCUGUGUGAAAUAUGAGUUGGCGAGGAAGAUCGACCUAUCGGCCUAGACCAAGACGCUAUGUACAGCCUCCUGAAAUGAUUGGGCCUAUGCGGCCCGAGCAGUUCAGUGAUGAAGUGGAACCACCAACACCUGAAGAAGGGGAACCAGCAACUCAACGUCAGGAUCCUGCAGCUGCUCAGGAGGGAGAGGAUGAGGGAGCAUCUGCAGGUCAAGGGCCGAAGCCUGAAGCUGAUAGUCAGGAACAGGGUCACCCACAGACUGGGGGUGAGUGUGAAGAUGGUCCUGAUGGGCAGGAGAUGGACCCGCCAAAUCCAGAGGAGGUGAAAACGCCUGAAGAAGCUUUUUCUGCGUGCAAAAGGGGCAAACUCCUGCACCUCAACUCGGUCACACGCCAAGCUCCAAUUGGCCGCUGGUUCGGCGCAGGCGCAAUGGUUGCUUGGCCAGAGUUCCGGGCUGCGGUUCCUGGGAAUUUUGGGAUGAGAAGAGAGAUUCGAAUCCUGUCUCGGUGCCUCGAGACUGACAUUUGUCAAAGGGGCCAAAGAUAG